AUGGCUGUAGCUUUGGCGGUGGCAAUAGUGACAAUAGAACCUAUUCAGCCUUACAACGAGAUUAAACUCUUCUACAGAUGGACCUUUGAGGAAGUUCAGAUAUUAGAGAUUGGUGUGACAGACUACAUUAGAGUCCAACUAGCCAAGCAUUCAACCUAUGUUCCACACACUGCUGGGAGGUACUCAGUUAAGCAUUUCAAGAAGGCCCAGUGCUCAAUUGUGGAGAGGCUUACAAACACAUUGAUGGUGCACGAUAGAAACAAUGGGAAAAAACUUAUAGCAAUUAGGAUUGUGAAACAUGCCAUGGAAAUCAUUCAUCUUCUAGCUGAUCAAAACCCAAUCCAAGUUAUUAUGGAUGCCGUGAUUAACAGUGGGCCCCGGGAAGAUGCCACUCGAAUUGGUUCUGCUGGUGUUAUCAGGCGUCAGGCUGUGGAUAUCUCCCCUUUGAGGCAUGUUAACCAUGCCAUCUAUCUCCAUACCACUAGUGCUCUUGAGGCUGCUUUCAAAAACAUCAAGACCAUUCAUUCUCUCAUCUUCAGAACAAUCAAUAUCUUUUAUGCUUACUUCUUGUCAUGA